GGAACUCAACGGAAGUUUCUGGACGUUAGCAAGGUGUCGCCAUUUGGGUGUGAAUCAAGCUCUAGUUGGUUACCCAGUUGAUGGGGCAAUCAAGUAAAUGACGCAUCGGAAUAUCGUCAUCAUCAUCAGCGAGCCUUGUGGAGGAAGAGCAGAGCUUCGGCAGGAGUUAAGAAAAGGAGAGAAUGUGGCUACAGGGCAGCACUGAGGGCCCUGCAUAGGCAGGCUGGCAAUAGUGCUGGAUCUUGACAUGGAGAGCGACUCAUCUGGAACCAUUAUUCGCGAACCACGAGAAAGUUACUCGGAUGACGGAGCGUUUCGGUUGCUCCGCGCGCCCAAUCAUCUGCGACGAAUCACAAGCACUUCCGCUUCCGGUGGGCCACCAGGCCGGCCAUCCCUACCAGAAUAGCCAGCUUCUGGAAUCAGUUCACAAGUCGAGGUGACGGAUAUAACAAAAUCCUGAACUUGCUCAUCAAGACCGGACCCACAUCGCACUUGAAGAUUUUAUUAGGGUUAACCAACUGGAGUGAGAUGUGUGCCAUUAUGGCUACCUCCGCAGAAAGUUGGACUUCUUCAGCUCUUUUCUUCUUCAUAAGACAUCCUCCGAUUUCAAUAGCCUUUUUCCGAAGAUGAGCGUGAGCAGUGCGCGCUUGUGUGUUGGUAGUGGAAUUUUGAACUAGAGAUUUGGCGGAGUUGUUGUGUGUCUCAGGGGGGGGAGUGUGCAUUGGAGUUGUAGGAGCUGUGUUGCAGAGCUCGGCAGCACAGCGAUGCGCCUCUCGGACGUUAAGUAUAUUUCUGACACCACCGAGCGUACAUGGACGCACCACGACGCGUCACGCGCGCUUUUUCCGCCCAGAAACUGCAAGAGCAGCAACAGAAUGAGAGCCCGCAACAAUCAGCGGUUGCAAUGGGCGAGGAUGGUGAAGGGCUCAUGACGGUCAGUUGGCCGGAGAAUGGAGCGCUGACACUGGAGUGGGUGCAGAAGCUGGGCAAGACGCUGGACUUUGCCUCCCGCAAUUUGCUGCCCUCGGAGCUGCCCACUGUGCUGCCUGUCUCCGUCAUUGAUUCGCUACUGCUGGCAGCUCACAAGAUUCUACACCGGGAGGCAAAUUGCGUGGAAGUUCCAGUGGACCUUUCAUGCAAAGCCGUGCUUGUUGGAGAUGUUCAUGGACAGUUUCACGACGUCUUGCACCUCCUUGAAAUCGCUGGCUCUCCCUCUGCUAAUCGCUUAUUUGUGUUCAAUGGCGAUUACGUGGAUAGAGGUGCCUGGGGCUUUGAGACCUACUUCUAUCUCCUUGCGUGGAAGCUUUUGUUACCCCACCGUGUAUUCUUGUUGCGGGGAAACCAUGAGACCAAGUUUUGUACCAGUGCAUAUGGAUUCGAGCAAGAAGUCGCGUCGAAGUUUGGCGACAGAUCCAAGCACGUAUAUCGCAAGUUGCUGGGUUGCUUCGAAGGGCAUCCUCUCGCCGCCCGGGUGGCUGGGUGCGUGUACAUGGCCCAUGGUGGGCUCUUCCGGCAGGUUGAGAUAGAGCCCCCAAAGAAAACCAAAGGCAAAAGCUACAGAGGUAUUUUCUCGUUUGCUUGUCUGAACAACAACGUCAAUGGUGGCGACAGGCGGUUGCUGUCUGGGCGGAAUGCCGAGAAGGCUUUAAAACUUGGAACAUUAGAUGAUUUAGCAAAGGCAAGGCGGAUGGUUUUAGACCCAUCUGGUUUCGGAACCAAUGUGAUUCCUGGGGACGUGCUGUGGUCAGACCCUUCGCCUGAGAAUGGUCUCUCCCAUAACGAUUCUCGUGGUAUAGGCCUUUUUUUCGGUCCUGACUGCACGCAAGAAUUUAUGGAAAAACACAAGCUCAAGUUAAUUGUGAGGUCCCACGAAGGUCCUGACGCCAGGGACAAGAGGCCAGAGAUGGACCCUAUGAAUAAGGGUUAUACAAUUGAUCAUGUAGUGAAGGCUGGCAAACUCAUCACAUUGUUUAGUGCCCCUGAUUAUCCUCAGUUUCAGGCUUCUGGGGAGCGGUAUAACAAUAAGGGUGCGUACAUUGUGCUGGAGGCACCAGAUUUUUCCACGCCUCAUUUUUUUGAGUUUGAAGCUGUUCAACCUCGUCCUAAGGUAACUCCUUAUUACGAUUUUGUGAACUCGAUCGAUUCAGAUGAAGAGCUCGACUUGGGCUCUGGUUCAGGGUCAGAAGGGUCAUGCGGCAGUGGCAGCGGCAGCGACAAAGAAACGUAAUAUUUGUGUAAUACUUGGAAUAUUUUAGUGAGCGCAGUUAGAGUUGUUCAUUUUACUUCUUUCUUCUUGUUGCUUUGAUUUACUAAAGCAAAACACCAGCCUUAAGUUGUAGAAGACAUCAAAUGUGUCUUCUGCGAGUCAUAAUCUGCGACAUGAAAAUGAGCGUUUAGAAUUUGUCAGUUAUUUCUCCAUGAACCGAGCUUGUGCACCAGGUUAAGCACCACAAUGCGUGAUGUUUGGAAAUCUCUCUGCACCAUUUCUGGUGUUCGUCCACACCUACUCUUUCCAGGGGAGUAUUAAUUUGAAUCAGAUGAGUGCAUGAGCAACUUGAAAUUCACGCCUUUGCGAAGCUGA